AUGAGCGGUGCACCGAACGCAUCUGGAGGAUACGCAGGUUCGAGCUACUCUGGUAGAGGCGGAGGUUCGAGAUCAUACGAAGACCGAUCUUCAGCAAGAGAACAAAUGAUGCAGUCAGUGCGCGAGUCUUCUCAGCAAGACCGCCGUGUCUAUGUCGGCAAUUUGGCUUACGACGUCAAAUGGCAUCAUCUCAAAGACUUCAUGAGACAGGCUGGAGAGGUCCUCUUUGCCGAUGUCUUACUUCUUCCGAAUGGAAUGUCGAAGGGAUGCGGGAUUGUGGAAUACGCAACAAGGGAACAAGCCCAGCAAGCCAUCCAGACUCUGAGCAAUCAGAGCCUGAUGGGUCGUCUCGUCUAUGUUCGAGAGGAUCGUGAAACAGAGCCACGGUUCACUGGGCCUUCCAGUCGGGGUGACUUUGGCGGUGGUCCCCGAGGUGGUUAUGGCGGGGGUUAUGGCGCUGGCGGCAUGGGCGGCGGCAUGGGCGGCGGCAUGGCCGGUGGUGGUGCCCGCCAACUCUACGUCUCCAAUCUACCCUUCAACGUCGGUUGGCAGGACUUGAAAGAUUUGUUCCGGCAGGCUGCAACCGAAGGCGGUGUCAUUCGAGCGGAUGUUCAUGUUGAUGCCACUGGACGACCCAAAGGAACUGGCAUAGUCGCAUUCGAGUCUCCCAAUGACGCCCGCAAUGCCAUUCAGCAAUUCAACGGAUACGACUGGCACGGCCGUGCUCUCGAGGUCCGCGAAGACCGUUACGCAGGCAGUGGUCCAGGCAUGGGUCAUGGCGGCCGAGGCGGCUUUCAGGGCGGCUUUGGCAUGCGUGGUGGCUACGGCGGUGGCUACGGCGGCGGUAGAGGAGGCUUUGGCGGUCGUGGCGGCUACGGCGGCGGCGGCUUUCAGCGAGGCGGUUACGGAGGAGGUGGCUAUGGUGGUGGUGGUGGAGCGUGGUACGGCGGCGCUGCUGGUGGCGCUGGCGGCCAUCCUGCUGCUGGUCAGGAACCACCUGCUCCUAACCCCUUUACCGAUUUUGCAACCUCUGGAGGAGAGAAGAACCCUAUCAUCUAUGUUCGAAACCUUCCAUGGUCGACCAGCAACGAAGAUUUGGUGGAGCUGUUCACCACCAUUGGCAAGGUUGAGCGCGCGGAGAUUCAGUACGAACCAAACGGACGAUCUCGCGGAACGGGCGUUGUCGAAUUCGGAUCUGCCGAUGAUGCCGAGACUGCCAUCUCUAAAUUCACCGGCUAUAUGUACGGUGGCCGUCCUCUCGGCUUGUCCUAUGUCAAGUACACCAACGCCAACGGCAAUGAAGCCAUGGAUGGACAAGAGGCUACUGGUGGCAUGACACAGGAUCAGAUGAUGUGA